AUGCAAAGCUAAACAAUAAUUUUCAUUUCAUUUAAAACGCUUCUUCUCUUUUAACUCCAACUCCUAAUCCUCUUUCUCCACCCCUCCGCAUCUCGCCGACAACGUAACGGUUUCGCGGUGGCCGUUUCUGCCGCCGUCGCCGUCGCCGCUCUUUCUCAACCUCCACCGCCAGAUUUACCUCAACUCCUCUACUCUUCUCCUUUCGGAUUCGCAUUUUACUUUCCUUCUCUCUCUUUCUCCACCGCAACUCACUCACCUUCAGGGAUACAAAAUGAUAGGAUCCUUUCUUACCUGGGCGCUUGUGAUGGUUUUUGGCUAUGCUUAUCCAGCUUAUGAAUGCUAUAAAGCAGUUGAAAAAAAUAAGCCGGAAAUUGAACAACUCCGCUUUUGGUGCCAGUAUUGGAUUUUGGUGGCGGUUUUGACAGUAUGUGAGAGGGUUGGUGAUACUUUUAUAUCAUGGGUCCCAAUGUACAGUGAAGCUAAGUUGGCAUUUUUCAUAUUCUUGUGGUACCCUAAAACUAAGGGAACAACAUAUGUGUAUGACUCCUUCUUCAGACCAUAUGUAGCGAAACAUGAGACAGAAAUUGAUCGCAACUUGUUGGAACUAAGGACAAGGGCAGGAGAUAUUGCAGUUUCGUAUUGGCAAAGAGCUUUCAGUUAUGGUCAGACUAGAAUAUAUGACAUUUUGCAAUUUGUUGCUGCACAAUCGACUCCAGCUCCUCGACCUGCUCAGCAAAGACCUGGUGUGAGGGUUCGUCAACCGGCACCUGCAAAACCAGCAGCUGCUGCUGCAGCAGAACCUCAAGUUGAGGAACCUCCAUCUCCUACCUCUAGCACAUCUUCGAGUCUGCUCCAGAGGGAGGUAGAAGAGGAAUUGGGUUCUUCUCCACAAGUUCCUAAAGCACCCCCCUCAUCUGUAGCAAGUUUAAGUAACCAGAAGACUCCUGUAGCAGGUUUAAGUACUCAGAAGUCUGCUGGAGCAAGUUUGAGUACUCAGAAGUCUACUGGAGUAAGUUUGAAUAUUCAGAAGUCUACUGGAGCAAGUUUGAGUACUCAGAAGUCUAAUGUUGCACCUGAAACCACCAACCAUUCUGCACAAGCAGAGGCAGAGCCUAAACAAAUUGAAGCAGCACCAUCUUCAUCCUCUUCAGCAAAUGAAAAUGGGAAUCCUUCUACUUCCACAAAAGAGACCUUAAUGGAAGAAAGCAUUCGGGUUACACGUGGUAGACUAAGAAAAACCCGAUCAGCAGGAACUCGUUAGCAAAUGAAUAUUGUCAAUUUUUAGCCUGAAAUAGGGGUAGGUGGACAAUGAUGGGCAUUGAAUUGUUGUAAAACUCGAUGUAAAUCUGUUUUCCUAAGUUUCCGUUCCAUUUGUUGCUUCAUUUUAUAUAUAUAUAUAUAUAUUUACAAAUUUUGUCUUGGCAUGGAAGCAUUUGUAGCCUGAUGCCACUUCAUGUGGACUUAGAUUUCAAGGGGGUGUUUGCAUCGGCUGCUUUGUAUAGCUGGUCUUCAUGUUAGUGCAACAGUAUUACCAAGUUUUAAAAGGGAAGGCAGAACUUCAUUAA